AUGGAUCAGGAAGAGGGCUCUCACCAGACGUCAAAUCUGCCAGCGGCGGAGUUUGGGGUGCAGAGCGUGGGGAGCCGGGGAUCUGGUGCCAAUAAGGGGGGAGCAGCCUUUGGGAGUGACAGUGCCGACAAGAAGGCUCAAGGUCCCAAAGGUGGUGGCAAUGCAGUAAAGGUCAGACACAUUCUAUGUGAAAAACACAGCAAAAUCAUGGAAGCCAUGGAAAAGUUAAAGUCUGGGAUGAGAUUCAAUGAAGUGGCUGCACAAUAUAGUGAAGAUAAAGCCAGGCAAGGGGGCGACUUGGGUUGGAUGACCAGAGGGUCCAUGGUGGGACCAUUUCAAGAAGCAGCAUUUGCCUUGCCUGUAAGUGGGAUGGAUAAGCCUGUGUUUACAGACCCACCAGUUAAGACAAAAUUUGGAUAUCAUAUUAUUAUGGUUGAAGGAAGAAAAUAAAAUCUUACAAAAGACU